UGUGGGUGUCGUCUCCCUCACGUCCCUUCCACCCCCAUCUGGAGAGUCACCCUUCUUGGCAUGGGCCCCCUUCCCAUAUUGCAACCCUCCAAGAUUCUUAGAUUCCCCAAGGGCCCAAAAGACAAUGGCAAACCUCCGCCGGACCAGCCCGUUACACCAGGCAAUCAAUGCCGUUCAUAGUUACAGAAUCACACCAAAACACCAGACCACUUCCGUCCUUUUUUCAGCCUUCCCACAAGCCGCCGCCGUCGUCUCUGUUUCGUUUCUACCCGCAUACAAUUUCACUAGCACGAAAAUGCCACCCGCCCACCCGUUGUCCGCCGCAUCUUGUCUCCAGUCUCCUCCUUUUCCAGUGCCAGUCUCCAGUCUCCCAGCUCUCCUCCCCCCAUCCCCGCCCCCUGCGUCCUAGCGGAGCCCUACAAGGACAAGAGAGAGACAAGCUGUGACAGAAGCUGGCUUGCACCGCGCGUUCAAGUCUCUUCGAGUCUGGACGGUCCAGACCUGCCCAUGGGCCCCUGCUUCGACAG